AUGGUCACCACUACCUUGGGAAAGCGUCUCCGAAGUGCGGCAAGCACGAAACCAUCAGCAAUCGACGCGGGCAGGCGCAUCUCACGCCAGACGAAAUCGUCAACCCUCGACGCGAGUGACUCGGAAGCAGAAAACCAGAACCCCUUUGUUAUACACCGCCAGAAUGGCGAGGAUGGAUCGGAUGCAGCAGAGGAGGAGCGGCCGAUCAAGAAGACGCGAACGUCCCGAUCGACCACUACUGUCCCGGCGAAACAUGGUGCGGCGGAGUCACGCGUUGAGAUUGCUCCCUUCCGCGUGUCGAAAGCAGCGGCCGUCACAGCAACCCCGAAAACUCCCAGCAGACAUCGCGAUGCGCUUKCGAAGAAGGUGCAGGUUACACCGCGGCAUCGAGCUUUGAUCACUUCACCACGGACACCACACACGCCGUCGAAUGGCGCGUCGGUGUAUAAUCAGGCGCGUCGACUUUUCGCGCGAUGCUCCAAUCCCGGCAAACUUGUGGGACGAGACGAAGAGAGAUUGCAACUUUCCACCUUUAUCAAGACUGCGAUCGAGUCAGAAUCUACCGKAUGUCUGUAUGUUUCUGGGCCUCCGGGGACAGGCAAGAGUGCGCUGUUGGACGAGGUGAUACGCGAGCACACUGAGGGGGGCAAUAUCCCAGUAUCAGUCGUGAAUUGUAUGAGCGUGCGGAAUGCAAAGGAUCUGAGCCAGAAGCUGGAAGACGAUCUAGGACUGAAAGAGGAUGCAGGCUUUGAAUACCUACGGACGUGCUUCGUGCGGGAGAAAGCGCAAGACGAUCGGAAAUACCUCGUCGUGCUGGAUGAGGUGGACCAGCUGGUGGAUCUGGAUCUGGCGCUUCUCUACAGCUUGUUCGAAUGGUCGAUGGCUCCAACAUCACGACUGAUCCUCAUUGGAAUUGCCAAUGCUCUGGACCUCACAGACCGCUUCCUUCCACGAUUAAAGUCUCGCAACCUCAAGCCGGAACUCCUCCCUUUCAUGCCGUACAGCGCCACACAAAUCGCCGAAGUCGUCACGAGCAAACUGAAGAGUCUGUCCACUACAGAGUCGCAGCAUGUUCCAUUCUUGCAGCCCGCUGCGAUCCAAUUCUGCGCGAAAAAGGUCGCAGCACAAACAGGAGAWCUCCGCAAAGCGUUUGACAUCUGCCGGAGAGCGAUUGAUCUCAUCGAUCACGAGACGCGAGAGAAGGAUAUCAAGGUACAAGACAGCCCUUCCAAGACGCCUCUCAUGGAGAAUGUCAAUCUUGCCUCGCCUAUUUCACCUCGCAAGCAGACGGUCUACUCUCUAGAAACCGCCCCGAAAGCAACAAUCGCACACAUGGCAAAGGUCACAGCACAAGCCUUUAGCAAUGGAGCGACACAACGACUCGCUGGACUCAACCUACAACAAAAAGCUGUACUCUGUGCCUUGGCAGCCCUGGAGAAACGGAAGCGCGAGACGCAAAUCAUGCGCGUGAUGACUGCUACUCCAUCCAAAUCCAACACCAGCGCACCGUCCGUAAAGCAGCUUUUUGAAGCAUACAGUGGUCUUUGCAAACGAGAGAAUCUCUUUCACGCACUCUCCAGCGUUGAAUUCCGCGAUGUUGUCUCCGGGCUGGAGACGUUGAGCUUGGUCUCUGCAGUCGAUGGCAAGACUGGCAGCUUUGUCCUCCCCACGACCCCGUCUCGCACCCCGGGGAGGCCCAAGAAGGAUGCCUUUGRAGGAGCUGCGAUUGGAGAUGAGCGGAGAGUAGCGAGUGCUGUUGGUGUGAAGGAAUUGAGCGCUGUAUUGGAGGGACCUGGAGGCGAGCAAUUACAGCUCAUGCUUGAGGGGAAUGGUGUCUGA